UGCAUCGGAGAGCAACUGGGGGUUAGCAUCUUGCCCAAGGAUACCUGGAGGUAUCGAACCUCAACCUUCCGAUCAGUAGGUGACCAGCUCUACCUCCUGAGUUAAAGCCACCCCGAAAAAAGUGCUCUCAAUAAAAAAGUUUCCCGAUAUACCUUUUCCAUUUUCUGACAAAAGUUUCAAUGACAGGAUUUCAUAAACAACAAAGGUAUACUCAUAGUGUGUUAAAAGCCAGGGCAUAAAAAUGUGUCUUUAGUAAAAUGAUCACGUGUUUGUGCCGAUCUAAUAUUUCGGGGGAGGCUAUUCCAAAGUCUGGGACCUGCCACAGAAGGCUCCAUCGCAUUUGAGAUUAGUCCGGACAGCAUUAAUUUUGAGCUACACCUCAGGGUUUUUCCUGGAACAGAAACAGAAAGGAGCUCAGACAGGUAGGAAGGGGCUCGGGCGUUAACCGACUUAAAAACAAAAAGUCAAAGUGUAAAUUGGAUCCUGUAGGAGACGAGAAGACAGUGCAGAGAAGCUAAAACUGGGGUUAUACGUAGGGCUGGGUAUCAUCACUGAUUUCUAGAAUCGAUUCGAUCCACGAUUCGAUUCGAUUAUCAAAACCCACCCCUAGUUAUAUGCUCUCUGUUUGGUAGUUAGCAGGCGAGCAGCUGCUAACUAUUAUAAUUUAUUUAAUCUGGCGCACACAACAUUUUACUUCAAUUACAAAAAAAUCCCCAAAACAUUAAGUUUACGUAUAAUACCAUGAUGGGGGAAAUUAAUGGUUCAGGACUUUUCCAUAAACAAUAAAAAAUACGAAGAUUGAAUCAGUUCGACCAAAACGAAGAAGAAAAUCUUUUAUUUUGAAGUAUGGAAGCGGAAGUUGGAUCCGGCUGAAAUGACCUGCAGGAGUUAGCGAGCGCCUUCUUCUCCUUUUCAUAACUUGCCCAACACUGAUUAAAAGGGAGUGGACUGUCCUUUCAAGGCGUGUUGUGGUCACGUGUUCAGCUCCCGCAGACGGACGUGGUCGGGGUCGAGGGGUCGCCAUGGAUAAAGUGAGGAGGAUCCUGGUGUAUGUGUGCAAAGAGCGAGCGGCUCCACGGCGAGCUCAGUUUGUUCAGAGUGUGACGGGUCACUUCACUGACAGCGGCGAGGAUGAGGUGGAGGUGAGCUGCACGCUGGAGAAAAAUCAGUUCAUUCUUUACAAAGGAGACAGAGGACGAGGGGUCCCGCUGAAGAGGCCUGCUUUCUGUCCCAUCAAACACCUGUCAGCCACGGACGCAGCUGCAAUCCCAUUGGACAUCCAACAGCGUGGAGUGGAUGUGGGUGUGGCUAUCCUCCUGCAGACAGCCAACCAGAGAGUGUUGCUGACACGGCGGGCAAAGGAGCUUCGCAUUUUUCCCAACGUCUGGGUUCCUCCAGGAGGUCACGUGGAGCUAGAUGAGACGCUGCUGGGUGCAGGUCUGAGAGAGCUGCACGAGGAAACUGGACUCAAACUGGAGCCGGAGCAGGUGUCUCCAACAGUGCUGGGCCUGUGGGAGUCGGUGUUUCCUCCCAUGCUGUCCAGAGGACUUCCUCAGAGACACCACGUAGUCGUCUACAUGCUGCUGCACUCGUCUCUCACUCACCUGCAGUUACAGCCCUCUCUCAGGCCUUCACCUGCUGAGGUCAGCGCGUGUCUGUGGGCGGACAGCCGGCUGGUCAGAGCCAUCGUGUCUGCUGUGGACGGAGACGACGCCAGCGUUCAGCUGGACGACCUGCCGAGCAGCAUCAGCGUGUCGCAGGUCUCUGCAGACGGAGCUCUGACCGAGUCUUCGAUGCCUCUGGCGGUCUUCACCAGUCGCGCUCCAGCCAGCGGUCCCGACGUGGAGCGGGUCAGCACCGGGACCAAGUUCGCCCUGGAGCUGUGGCUGAGGAGCCUCGAUGUCCCUGACCUGUGACCCCCUUUAAAAGCCCACCCUGCAGACAUCAAGAAGGACGCACAGGGAUGAGAAAAAUGGUGCCGCUGUGGAUCCCACUGCUGUUCUUCACUGAAACACUGCAAGUCAUGUGUGUUUUACUUCAGGCCAGCAGGGGGCGGUGCAGGCCAGUGCACAGGUGGCUGUUUAACACAGGAGAGGAGGGGGUCACACAGGUGGCUGUUUAAUCAGCUCAUCUUUCAGUCUCAUGUAAAAAAGUAAAACAUAUUAAUGUACAAACUUUUAUCAGGUGUCACUCUGAAGGUUGCUCGUGUUCGCAGCGUCACAUUUCUGUAUAAAUAAUAUAAUAAAGCCGUAUCUUUGGUUGUGGCGUCUCCUCAGAGACGUCCGAGAAGACGAGUUUUCCAAAAUCCUGUUUCGGAGUACGACGUCCUGGACUUAUUAUCUGGAACGAUCAUGUCAUUCAAAUGAAAAUCUGUUUCCUUUUCACAUAAAUUCGAUUUUUAGUAUUUAAAUCGAAGUUUGCACUGCACAGCAUACCUCAUCACGGGCAGAGGAAGCUCGUGGACCGUGCAAACGUAAAAACUGGAUGUUUGCUUAGUUUGUUUUUUGACACUGCAAUAAAUAUUCUGUCCUGAA